CAUGCGGAGAGCAGAUUGCAGCAGUGACUGGAAAAUACAAUAACAUAAAAAUACUAGGACUGAGGAACAUAUACUCUCAUUUUGUCAGAUGUUUUAUUUUUGGCAGUGAAGAGCUACAACAGGGACUAAAUCACUGCUGCAGGCAUCAGGAUCAAGGAUCAUGGAGGAUUCUUGCCUGGUCCGAUGUGACAGCCUGGAUGCUGGGUCAGGGUGUGACAGAGAGGUUUUGACCCCGAUCGAUCGUAUGACCCUUGACCCUGAGGGCUCUGACCCCUCAGCAGACCUCGAGCCUUCACCAGCAGAACUGGCUCAAUGUGAGGCCGAAGUGGGCACGCUGCUCAGCAUCAUUGCUGAACUGAACAAGAAGAUGGGGUCAUUAAAGGCACCAAGUGAAUCAGGAGAACUGAGAUCACCAGGACCAUCCAGGCCUCUGGUUCCAGACCUCCUGUCCCACAGGCUGGUCAGGAGCAGCCCAGAGAGGAACUCUGCCUCUGCUGUCACAUCUAAACCUCCACUGGCUGACAGAGGGGGUGGUGGUGUAGUAUGGACUAAACUCCAGGAGGUUUUAUCAUCAGUGGAGGACUCCAUUAGUUCUAAAAGGUCCUGGGCCGCCCCCAUUACAGCUUCUGACCAGGACAAGCACAGAGAGCACCUGAGAGCAGCCCAGGAGAGCUCAGUUAAAGCCACUAAGAUACUGGAGGAGAUGGAAAUAGAGUUUGGGAUUUCAUGUCCACCAGGCCCGCCAAAGGACCAGUAUCAAGAGAACAUCCUGGAUCCAGAGAAGCGAGACUCUGCUCUCAGAGGCAGCUUGCAGAGUCACCAGGAGGAGCUGGAAAGAGCAGAAAGCACCAUCAGUCAGAUGGAGGAGGAAAAGAACAAGUUGGCCGGUCUCCAUAAGGCCUGGAGGUCAGGCAGUCACUCUCCUUCCUACCGGCCCCCUGCUGGGGCUCUCAGUCCAGACUGGGCCUCUCCUCCCUUCCCAGGUUCACCAUUACUCUACAGAAGAGCAGCCAGAGCGAUGACACCUGUGUCUGUGGGUGGGGAAGGGUCUCCAGUGGGCUCCAUUAACUCAUGCAGUCCCUGUCCUAGCCCCAUCAGCCUGGAGUCUGAGACAGAACGACUGAACAGGUGCAUCGAGAGGCUGAGGGCCAGAAAUGAACGGCUGACUGCAGCUCUGGAGCGCAGGAAGGGAGAGUCAGAGAAGAUCAGUAUUACACUGAACAGACUUGAAGCUGACUGCUCUGCCCUGCAGAUGGCUCUCAGAUACUGUGAGGAGUGUGAGGAGGCCUACAGCGAGCUGCUGUCACUUUAUGACGCCAAGAAGCAGCAAAGCAUUCCUCUGAAGACAGACUCAGCAGAGGCAGUCGGUGACAGGCAGCAGCCCGACAGGCCAUCAGCUCAGCUCGUGAAAAUGGGAACUGAAGAGCUGUCCACCUCCUUCUCAACAGCAGGGGUCACAGAGGAGACGGAAACACAGAGUCACACAGGGCAGAGGACACCUGAGCCGGAGGAGCGAGAGGCUGUUCUCCGACAGCAAAUUGAGCGCCUGAAGAGGGACCGGGCAGCCAUUCGUCUGCCUAAGCCGAGCCCAGGAGUAGAGGGUAAAAUAAGCCCCGAAACUUGUCUCCCAGCUGGAUCAAGAGGGGGACAUGUGACAAAAGAGAACGCUAAACUUCCUGACACCAAGAAAGAAAAGGCUUCCCUCUUCUAUGAACUCAUCUCUGUCAGGGAGGAGAUGUCAGAUCUGCGAGCUCUAAUCCGCCUCAAGGAGAAAGAGCUGAGGUGUUUGGAGUGGGGUUUAAUGGCCCAGAAGGCCCAGGAAGCAGCUGGAGCGUUCGUUCCAGAGAGCCUCAGAGAGGAGACCGAGGACCAUAGGACGGAACAACAGAGGCUCUGUGAAAAUGCAGCUAAAGUGGGUAGUGAUGGGGACAUCACUGAUCCUCGAUCCAGACCCAUUCUGAAAGAGCUGCAGGCCGUCCUGCAAAGGGAACAAGCCCUGAAGAAGAGGCUGGCUUUAGUCCAAGACUCGCUAAACACAGCUCUGUCAGACAGCACCUCCCACAGGAGGGACAAUGGAGACCAGAUUGCUCGGCUCACACAAGCUCACAGUAAAGCCUUGAGUUCGUACCGCCAGAUUCGUAGGAAGUACCGGGAGCAGGUGUGGAGGCUGGAGCAGAAAGUGGCAGCCAUGACGGAGAGUCACCACCACCAGAGUGGAGCUCCGAAAGCUGCAGGGGAGGCCUUGGAGUGGAGAAGGGAAGAGACUGUUCUGUGAUCCUGUGAGUCUUCAGUCAGAGAAUCAGCUUCAUAAUAGUCAAAUGUAUCCACAUCAACUACAAUGGACAGUCCUGAUGAAUUCAAGGCGCUCAUGUGUGUUUUUGGAUUUGUGAAGUUAUUGAACCAUUCUGACAGAAGCCUCUUCACUUCAGAAUUACAUUUUUCAGCCAUGACAGCAGCUUGGCUAUAUGGAUGGCAAUGUCAGUCGAUAUCCAUGGUGCCCAGAGGAUGAUUUUACGCCUUAUCCUCAAGCACUACCAGGAUUUGACAAUUGUGGCUUUGAGUAGACGGAUUUUCAGGACCGGGGCUAAAAGGGAUAGGUGCUAAAAUGAAACGCUUUAGACAGAGGGUGAGUACGGGUAUAUUCAGGAAGACAGUAUGACGGAAAAAAACUUGUUUUUGGAGAAUUAAAGCUUAUAAACAUGUUCUGGUAGAAAACCACAAAAACAUGUAUCAACCUGAAAAUUUUUCAUCUAAGCUAUAUCGAGUCUAUAUCGAGAACUGUCACUGUCCAGUACUUUGGCUUAUGACCAAAUAUCUGCAAAACUGAUGACAUUCCCUCAGCCUUAGCUGUUCUCUGAAUGCUAGCAUGCUAUGUACCAAUCUAAGAUGGUGGACAAGUUGCAUUGACAUUGUGAGCAUGUUAGCAUGCUGAUGUUAGCAUAAAGUAAAUCAUCAGCUGUGGCAAAGCCUCAGUGUGCAUGCAUGACUCUAGCAUGACUGUAGACUCUUGGUCUUCUUAGUAAGAUAUAUUAUAUGGUUAAAGGGCCAGUGUGUAAAAUGGGUUGAAAACAGUAACAUCAGUGGUCAAAUUCUAGAUUGC